AUGGCCCAGAGGUUGGCAGCUCGAGGCAUUGCCGACGCGGACGCCCUGUCCCCCCGAGACGCCAACGCUCAACGGAUGCCUAGGGCCCCAGAGAUCAAGGCCAAGGCGGCCGCCACCCAGGCAAAGCCUCACAAGAACAAGGAGCACCCUCCGCCGCCACCUCCCCAGGUUCCCGAACCGAGCAGCGCCGAUCGCCCCGAUGGAGCUCUGUACAAUGUCGGCAAGGUGCUUGGAAAGGGUGGCUUCGCCAUCUGCUACGAGGGCCAGCACCAGGCCACCAAGCAAAAGUACGCUCUCAAGAUCGUCAAGAGCCACAUGGUCCCCAAAAUGGAAUCCAAGUUCCAAACCGAGCUCCAGAUCCACUCCAAGAUGAAGCACAAGAACAUUGUCCAGUUCUUCCGCUCCUUCUCCUUUGACAGAUGCACCUAUCUCAUUCUCGAACUCUGUCCCAAUGGGUCGCUGAUGGACAUGGUCAAGCGUCGCAAGGGCCUGUCGGAAGGCGAGGUGCGCUUCUACGCCGUCCAGAUCGCCGGCGCCAUCAAGUACAUGCAUGCAAAGGGCAUCAUCCACCGCGACCUGAAGAUGGGGAACAUCUUCCUCGAUUCUCAGAUGAAUGCCAAAAUUGGCGACUUUGGUCUGGCUGCCCUGUUGGUCACCGGCAAGGAUAUGCAGACGAUAAGACGUACCACCCUUUGCGGUACUCCCAACUACAUUGCCCCAGAGAUCCUCGAGAAGGGCAAGUCAGGCCACGACCAGAGUGUCGACUUGUGGAGUCUCGGCGUCAUCGUCUUCGCCAUGUUGACCUCGAAACCCCCGUUCCAAUCUGCCACCACCGACGAGAUCUACCGACGAGCCAGGGAACGCGACUACGAGUGGCCCGACGCUGAGACGAGCCUCAGGCUCAUCAGCGAGGAGGCCAAGGACCUGGUGGCCAUCAUGCUGCAGGACCCCGACCAGCGACCAGGCCCGGACCAGAUCGUGCAGCACGGCUUCUUCACCUCGGGAUACAUGCCUGCCGAAUCCGAAAUGAGCCCCAAGCUCCGCGAGGUGCCGCCCGAGAAGCACGAGUUCUACCUCAACUGGCUCGACAGCACGACGCAGGCCAUGUCCAACAAGAACCUGAGGAGGAUGUGCCGCGAGUGCUGUGUGGGACCGUACAGCCAGGAGCAGGUGGUCCACGCGCAAGUUUGGAAGGAGAUGGCAGCUGAGGAGAAGGCCGGCAUGACUCCCGUCAUCCCCCUCUCCGAAGGUAUAGUGUACCGACCCUUUGACGAAUGGGCGCAGGAGAACCUGAAGCCAAAGAUCCGGUACGUCGCACCGCCCUCCGCCAUCGCCAGCGAGGAAAUCGGCGAGGCCGGAGAGGGGGCUCAGAAGGCCCCCGUCGGAUUGCUGAGGCAGCCUCCCCAGAGCUUCGCCGCUCAGCAGAGGGCACAGGGCCGACCUGCGGCUGUUGCCUCGUCCUCGUCGAGAUCGAGGGCCAUGCCUGUGGAUCCCGCUCUGUCAGCAUCGCAGAGCUCACGGACGACGAGGACGCGAAAAGAGCUCCCUCGUGAGCCAUCGGCCAGGGAACUCCCGAUCAGGACUUCACGUGAAGCAAAGCAGGCCGAGGUGAGGCAGCAGCAGCCUGAGGUCCACGUCAGCAUAGCCGAGCCGGCGAGGCGCCCAGCCGAAAAGACCACUUCCUCCGCAUCCACAGCAUCCACGUCGGCAUCGGCCAGCUCGCACAGGAGGCAGAAGUCGGACCCUAGCCGCCCGGCGUCGCUGUUUGGCUCCUCUGAGCAGGUCGACACCAUCUCCAACACGCAGCCGGACGUCGUUCUCGAGCGCCUGCAGCGCCUCCAGACCGAGCUGGAAAGGGCUCUCAACUCCCGCAGCAUGGCUAUCAUCUCUUCCAAGACUUCGGCGCCCCCUCACCCCCACGUCGUCGUCAAGUGGGUGGACUACACCAACAAGUUUGGCCUGGGAUACAUCCUGAACGACGGAAGCGUCGGCUGCGUCCUCCGAAGCAUCACCACUACGGAGGGGAGCAAGACGGCUACCCUGCCGCCGGCCGGAGUCUUCGUCCGUGGCGGGGAGCGCCACGUUCUGCGCCGACAGGACAGGAGCUACGCGGACAGGAACCAGCCGGUGCCGAUGAAGGAGCCGAUCAAGUUUUUCGAGGACCGGGGAGAAUCCGGCCUCUCGCAAGUGCUGGUCUCGCCCGAGCAGUUCCGUGUGACCGUCAACGAGGACAACACUGCCGGCAAGAUGAACCCCGGAAAGGACGUCUACCAGCACCGCAAGCGCGAGAGGAUCAUCCUCUGGAAGAAGUUUGCCAACUACAUGGUGGCCAACGGACGGGACGAGGCAGUGCCGGUCGAGGAGACCGACACGGCCUCGGCCAUAUCCCCGGGCCAGAAGGGUACGCCUUCGGAGCUGGUGACGUUCUACCAGCGAUUCGGCGAUGUUGGAUGCUGGGCAUACUGCGAUGGACAUCUGCAGGUCCAGUUCAACUUUCCCGAUCAUACCAAGAUUGUCCUGGACGCGACGGGAACGUGGUGCCACUUCUGGCACCUCCCCAAGGCGGCGGCGGAGAAGCUGGCCAAGGAGGGCACGAUUGAAGGAUCGGCGCUGGACGAGCGCGCGAUGCUCUCGUACCCGCUGCAGACGCUGCUCAACUUCCACAGUAAACCGACGAUAUCGCGUUCGACACGGACGUCGACGACGCGCAAGAGGCCCGAGAUAGACCCGGAGCUGCAGGGGAUCCCGACGGCCAACGACUUCCGCAACAAGAUAUACUUCAUCAAGAGCGUGGUCAAGGAGUGGGUGGCCAACGGGGGUCUGGGCAACAGCUCGAUGAGCAGGGAGUCACGUCUACGCUGGACAGGCUACCGCGAGCUGGUGAAUGCGCAGGUACCCCAGAAGCACGUGUGGGUGACGGUGGGGGCGCGGUGGGGAGAUGAGCGCAUCACCACGCUGGUUGACCCCAGGAGGCCGAGUGAUCUGGGUGAAGACUUGGACAAGUCUGGGAAGUGA